CGCCCAGGAGAGAACAUCAUUCUAAAGCCCAGUACUGUUUGAAGACUUGAUACAUUUAUGUCGGUUAAUAUCUGUGAAGUGGCCUUCUCUGUCUAAAAGAAUGUUGGCUAGGAACUACAGGAUAUCAGCUACGUGGGAAAGAGAAUCCAUUCUCCUUCAGGUCCGUGGCCUGAAUGGAAUACUUCUGAACUCUAUGGCCCCAAUACCACCAGUCGCUUCCAAGGAGGAGAUCCUGGCCACUGAAGAACAUGUUCUGGAGACCUUCUAUCCCAUUUCUCCUACAAUUGAUCUCCAGGAAGUGAAUGUGUACAAAGAGCUUAACAGUACAGGUUUUAGAGAUGGUUAUCCGUACUCUCAUCCUCACACUCUGUUCUUCCUGGAAUCGGCCAACAUUCGUCCUGACAGGUUCAGACCAGAACAGCUUCGUGCUAAAAUGCUGAUGUUUGCUUUUGGCAACGCGCUGGCAAAGGCUAAGGUGCUGUACGGGAACGAUCCCCAGGUUUUGGAGCAGCCAAUAGUGGUGCAAAGCGUUGGCACAGAUGGCCGCAUCUUCCAGUUCAUGGUGUUCCAGUUAAAUACAACAGACCUUGUCUCUAAUGAUGGCAUAAAAAAUCUAGUCUGGAUUGACUCUGAUCAGAAUCUGUAUGAAAGAGCCCAGUGUAUUCCAGAAGUCAAGAAGAGAGUUGUUACGAAGCCCGCUGGAAUAUAUGGCUUUCAGCCAGACACAUUCAAGAAGUUUCUGGCACUGUAUCUGCAUGGAACUGUGUGAAAUUCAGCUCAAAUGAAAAUACUUCACCAACUGUACCUGCUGCUUCUCUUUGCCAGAACCUUCACAUAAUUAAAGAAAGGUGGAUUAAUUUACUUUCAAAAAUAAAUUAUAUUGUUACAGAAAGGAAAUUUUUUUAUUUUUUUUAAA